UUGGUUUUCUCGACAGAGUCAUCCGAUGAGGAUUAUUAUUCAUUCAUAAAGGAAAUUAAAACAAUCUUUAGCAAUGACCAACGCAGGCACUCCCGCGUGGGGCGGGGCGUAGAGGGUUCUCUACCCAGCAAGGUGGAAUAUAUAUACGCCACUGGAAGACAAGCUCCACACAGACAGCAGAAUACUUCAGAAGUAACUCAGCAUCCUUUCCACCUGAAAAAGAGAGCAGCCAUGAAGGUCCUCGUCAUUGCCACCGUUUGUGUCGCUGUUGCCUUCUGCCAGACCAGAAUCCCUGCGAAGCCAAGCGUCAGAAAUGUGAACGCCGAUGUUUUGCGAGACUUCCCAGGAGCCUGCUUUGCAUCCACCGCCUGCAAGGUCUUCAAAGUGGGCGAAUCAUGGCCUCUGACUCCCUUCUGCGGGAGAUCGACCUGCGUUCAGGAAGGAGAGAAACUGAUCGAAAAAAUUGAAGACUGCGGCCUCAGGCCAAAAGAGUCUCCAGGAUGCAAGGUCGUCAACGAAGCUGACCUCCAGAAGGCGUACCCAGACUGCUGCCCAGUGUUCGAGUGCCAGGAAGGCGCCACCCUUCAGUACCCAACUGAAGCGGAAAUUGCCGCUGCUAUUGCAGCGCAACCGGCCCCCUCAAAUGCUACUGAAGCUAGCACUGCAUAAGAGUGUGGGAUCUGGAAAGCAUCACUGGCAUACCCAUAGCUUUUAAACAGAAGAAUUAUAUAUUUUACGAUAUAAUAAAGUUACUUUUACAUUGUCUAUCGUCGGUAGCUUCCUAUGUACCAUUGUUCCUGUUUUAAAUGUCUAACUUUUCCAUUAUCAAAGAUAUUUGAAAAUCAGAGGUAAUUUUUAUAAGUUUAUCUGCCAUUAGUCAUAUUCAUUCCUUUAGAAUACUACAAUACAUGCGUGAUGAAUUAAUUGAAGGUUUUCGAUGGAAUGAAUUAAACUAAAUCUUUAAACUGAAAUUAUAAAUGAAAGUCGACAUGGCAUGUAUACAGCUGAUCCGUUUUUAACCAGAUGUUCUAAAUCUCUUGUAAUAGCUAUAACUAUAUUUGAAUGCUUUAUUUUAAUUGUACUUAUGUAUUACCAUCGCUAUACCUUUUCCCAUGUCUAAAUUCUUUGUUAUGCAUGUAACCAGGUCUAAAUUUUAUUUUUUCACCUCUUCCCACGGCUGGAUUAUCCAUUUUUCCUGUACUCAAAUCUAAGUCAUUCUUGUGUCUGUGUUCAUAUCUAAAUUGAGUUUCUUAAUUUUAAUAUAGUUUCUGAAUCAUAUAUUGUACAUAAUGUCAGAGAACCUUACCAUGAAGAUCCCUCUCCUGAAAUAAAUGUUAAGAAAUACA